AUGGCCACUGCUCCACCAGCAUACACCCCCUAUGAAGAAAUCAAAGCAUUGCCGGAUGGAAGCAGCUCGAUGAACGCCGAGGACCAAACUUCUAUUCUAUCUGAGCUGGAAAGUGUGCAACGGAUUUGUAAAAAUCCCCAAGGAAAACUUGAUAAUAUCGAUGAAAACGCCAUCAAAUUGCGGAAAGGUCAAAUUAUGAGUCUCGAUAGAGUACGUUGGCAAAGUGAACAGACCAACGAGGCUCAGAAAAUGGCAGAGGCUGCGCUCAAAGAAAAUCGUGAGCUUGUGGCCAAACUCGGCGUGCUCGAAAUUGAAGGAUUGCUUUAA